UAAUUUGAUCACAAAUUCUUGUGCUAAGAAUAUGGAGAAGAAAUCAUCAUCAUCAACAAAGUUUGAUGAGAUUUCUGAGUUAGGAUUUCAACCUCCUCCUCCUUCUCCUUCUAUGGAGGAUCAUUCGGCAACCGAUGCAUGGACAUAUUCAGAGCCAGAGGCAUCAAACUUAUCAGAUUCAGUUGAUGAAAGCAGUUAUGCCAGUGACCUUUCGCCUUCUCGGCCGACGGCUGCGAAAGCAGAUGCUAAACAAGGUGUUCUUUCAAGGCUAGGAUUGAAGUUGCGCAAGAAUUCGGUCGAUGUUAAGCUCAAUGAGAGUGAUCUUAUGGAUUCAGGUGAGCUUGAAGUAAUGAAGGAAAGAUUUUCAAAGCUUCUGUUGGGAGAAGACAUGUCUGGUGGUGGAAAAGGAGUUUGCACUGCAGUUACAAUUUCAAAUGCCAUUACCAAUCUCUAUGCAACUGUAUUUGGACAAAGUUUGAAGUUGGAGCCACUGAAGCCUGAGAAGAAAGCAAUGUGGAAAAGAGAAAUGAAGGUUCUUUUAUCAGUGUGUGAUUAUAUAGUAGAAUUUGCCCCAACUGCACAAUAUUUAGAAGAUGGAACAAUCGUUGAGAUGAUGAAGAGUAGACCAAGAUCAGACAUAUAUAUCAACCUCCCUGCUCUACAGAAGCUUGACACAAUGCUCAUAGAAAUAUUAGACACUUUCCAUGAUACUGAAUUUUGGUAUGUGGAUAACAUUCCGGCGAAUUCACCACGCACGCGUGCAACCUCUUUUCGGAGAAUUGCUCAGCGAAAAGACGAGAAAUGGUGGCUUCCGGUGCCUUGUGUUCUCCCCGGUGGCCUAUCUGAAAAAUCAAGGAAGCAUUUAGUAGAAAAAAGGGAUUGUGCUAACCAAAUUCAUAAAGCAGCCAUGGCAAUAAACAACAAUGUUCUUGCUGAGAUUGAUAUCCCAGAAACCUACAUUGAUAAUCUUCCUAAGCUGAAAUUCUUUAGCCAAGUGGUUGAGGAUCCAAUUACAUGUGACCCCCUAAAGUCUUGGAAUUUAUCAUCAAAUUUCAUAAGCCUUUUAUGGAAGCCAAUGAUAGCAGCUGAGACUUGUAGAAAAAGGGAUGAUAUAAUUUCACAUAAGAAUGGAAGAGCAAAUAUGGGAGACACAAUUUACCACUACAUGUCUGCUGCAGAGAAAUUCUCAGCUGAUCAACUUCUUGACUACUUGAAGAUAAGUUCUGAGCAUGAAGCACUUGAGCUGGCCGACAGGGUCGAGUCUUCGAUGUACUCGUGGCGCCGGAAAGCUUGCCUGAGCCAUUCCAAAUCAUCCUGGAGCAAAGUGAAGGAACUCAUGGCCGACGGCGACCGGAAGGACAAGAAUUACACCUUAGCUGAGAGAGCAGAGACUUUGUUGUUCUGCCUGAAGCAAAGAUAUCCUGAACUGUCACAAACUUCUCUUGACACAUGCAAGAUUCAGUAUAACAAGGAUGUUGGAAAAGCAAUACUGGAGAGUUAUUCAAGAGUACUAGAAGGCCUAGCAUUCAACAUUGUUGCUUGGGUUGAAGAUGUUCUCUAUGUAGAUAAAUCAAUGAAGAACAGAGAAGUCUAGAUACACCAUAAAUUGGUUUGGCAUCUUACACCCUUGUUGCUAUUCCUACAAAAGAGUUAGGAUAAUGUAGAAAGGUACCAGGUGAUUGAUUGUUUGAAAAAAUAUUCACUUGUUUCAAGUGUGAAUGAAGACUAAAGUGUGUUCUGGUUUGUAGUUGGCAAAUCAUAGUUUGCUAGCUCUAACCUUGGUU